CGGUGAGCUCAGUUGCUCGCGUCUAGCAGCUCACUCAAGACGCACAAAACGCGAAACGCUUACUGAAGUAUUGAGUAACGUGCGUUCGCACACGAUUAUAAAGUGAUUUAUUCUGAAUUUUAGCAAAUUGUGAUUUGUUAAAAGUUAAAAAUAAAAUUUAAAGUGUUGCAAUUGCAGUGGGGGCGUGAAAUAUAAUUGUGGAAAGAAAAAAAAUUCAAAGUGAAGUAAAGAGAAAAUUUUUACAUACUUUUAAGAAAUUAAAACAAAUAUUAAAAGACUGAAAAAUAAUUUUAAAAAUAUUUAAAAUAAAUAAAAUAAAAAAUUUAAUUUAAUUAAUUUUCUGCUCGCCUGCAACUAAAAAGAAUCACUCACGAAAAUGUCUAGCGAUCAAGAGGUUGUUGUAGCCUCACCCGUCACACCGCAUCCACCGCCGAAAGAUCGCAAACUAUGGCGCGAUCUCACAGCCUAUUGGAUAUUGGGUCUAUGCAAUAAUUACGGUUAUGUGGUGAUGUUGAGUGCGGCACACGAUAUUAUCGCGCAAUUUCAGGAUCAUCCAGCCGAUGAUGGUAAUGUUGAAACUGAAGGCGAAAAUACGCGAAAUUGUCAUUUGAUAUCGACUGGCGCCAUUCUGUUGGCUGAUAUUAUACCCUCGUUGUUUGUGAAAAUCGUAAUACCGUUUCUGCCGUUCUGGGUGAAUUUCAAGAUUUUGCUUGCUGUAUUGUUGUCAGCAUCGGGUUUUCUGCUUGUAGGCUUCGCGAAUGCCGAGUGGAUGGCUUUACUGGGUGUAGUUAUUACAUCGGCGAGUAGUGGUAUUGGUGAACCGACUUUCCUAUCGUAUUCGUCGCAUUUCAAUAAAAAUGUCGUCUCCACAUGGUCAUCUGGUACUGGUGGUGCCGGAGUAAUUGGCUCACUCUCCUAUGCUUCACUGCGUGCGCUUAAUGUCAGCCCACGUGAUACAAUGUUGAUUAUGUUAUUCUUCCCAGCGUUGGAAGCAUUCUCUUUCUGGAUCAUACUACGCAAACCCACAAUCAUUCCACUGACCAACUCAUCACUGGAGUCUACAGAGGAAUUGGUGACUGAUGAAAAACCAUUGCAAGGUUUCAAAGAGAAGUUGAUCUACAUUAAGACACUGUUUCCAUACAUGUUGCCACUGGCGCUGGUCUACUUCUUCGAGUAUCUCAUCAACCAGGGUUUGUUUGAAUUGGUCUACUUUGAGAAUAGCUCACUAUCACAGGCCUCACAAUAUCGCUGGUUCAAUGUGGACUAUCAGAUUGGUGUCUUCAUUUCACGCUCAUCGGUUAAUCUAUAUAAAAUAAACAAAAUUUGGCUUAUGGCUGUCUUCCAGUUUGUCAACGUUGCUUACUUCCUCACCGAAGUUAUAUACUUCUAUACGCCAAGCAUAUGGAUCACAUUGAUCAUUGUGCUGUGGGAGGGCUUGCUGGGCGGUGGCGCCUAUGUAAACACAUUCUAUCGCAUGUCCAAAGAGAUUACGCCCGGACGCAGACGCUUCGCUAUGGCUAUGGUCACACAAUCGGAUGCUUACGGCAUAGCAUUGGCUGGUUUCUUGGCCAUUCCAUUGCAUAAUGCAAUUUGCUCGCUACCACCUGCCUCUCGGAAACUGAUGUGGUGAGCUGUGAGCGUCACUUACCAGGGAGGGUUGACUACUUUGAGUAUAGUCUAAGUCAGACUUAAGUUAGUAUUACGAUUAGGUUGGGUCAUUCGAUCCAAUAUUGUUGUAUUAUUGUAUUAAAUAGUUGUUGAAGUGAAAGGUUUCUUGUGAAACCGCAGAAAAAAUGUAAUUAGUGAGCAUGGUGUGCUUAAAGCUCUAAAAUUUUCUUAUAGCUAAGCAGCAUACAUAAUUAAGUAAAUAAUUUAUUUGACUUUAGGUGCUAAAAACACCAAUAUAAUUCAGGAAUUUAAAGUGUCAUAAAAUACUGUAAUUAACAUUAACUACAUAUGUUAUAGCCGAUUUACAAAUUUUGCAUACUUGAGCUUUUUAGUGAAAGCUCUGUAUUUUGUGAAAGCUUGUAAAAAUUGUUAUGUAUACAAUAAUUCGCACAAAAAACAAAAUACGGACAAUUAAAAGUCACUAGUGAAAAUAGUGAAAAAUUUACAAUCAUUUAUUUGUUUAUUAAUUUAAUAAUAAGACUAUUUUCAGAGAACUUAAAAAAUAUAAUUUGCUUUCACUGUA